GGCGGCCUCAAAGGCAUGCCGCCCAAGAGCCAAGAAGCCAGGACGCAGCCGGACGAAGUCGUGAUUUUUGAGGGCACCUUCAGCUGGUGGGCGGCAUGGUGCAUGAUGAUCUGGGUGCUGUGCUUCCUCGCCAGCACCGUGCUGAUGAUCCUCUCGACCCGUGGCUCUGCCUUCCAGAUCAUUUCCGAAGAAAUCUCGUAUGUGAAGGAAGUGCGGCCGCCCUACGGGCCGGAGAUGCAGCCGGUGGUUGAUGCGACCAUGCGGGAGAUCAACCAGAUGUUUGCCUACCACUUGCCACAAACCGCGGCUCAACAGCUUUGUUCUACUCCCUGGCCGGAGCGUCGCUGGGGCUUUUCACCGUCUCCUACUUCACCUCCUUCGUUCUUCUUGAGGACCAAGGCCCCAAAAGAGUGGUGGACAUAGGCUUCCUCAUCUCCAAGGGCGUCAACGUCUACAUGAGCCGGACCAUUCCGGUGAUCCUGGCAUUGUUGUUCCUUGGCGGCUGGUACGU